ACGUUGUUUAAUCGGUGUGACGCACAAGAUUCAAAGUUUCCAGUAACGCCUCUGUUUACAGUCCGGCCGCUUAGGGAUAAAUUUGUAAUAGUUUAUGGCUUAAUGUUUUCGCUCCUGUGAAGGGAGUUUUCAGUGGCUUUAAGGCAUGGAAGGCGAAGUUAUCGGACCCGGGCCAUACCGGGCCACGAAACUGUGGAAUGAAACCAUUAAACUGUUUUGUGGAGGUAUGCCAUUACGGAGGCACUGGGCAAACUUCCGCUACUACGAUAGCACUUUCACCGGUUCAGAGGCACUGGAUUAUCUCCAUGAGCUGCUUAGAAGCAACUACAACUUUGGGCCUGAGGUCACCCGUUACCAGACUUUGCAGCUGCUCAGAAAGUUCUUUAAAGCCCAUGUGAUUGAAGACGUCAAAGGACGCCAUGGGACAGAGGAUUUCGAAGACAACAGUCAUCUGUACAGGUUCCCCACAAUGUCUCCACUCAAGUCUCUUCCAACAAGACCUUCGUGGAGAGACAGCAGUGACCUGCCCAGACUCAUCCGCUGGGACGACUACGAGGAACUGCCUCUGAAAGAAAAUGUGGCAACUCAAAAGUCUGCAGUACUGGCUUCAGAUUUGUGGAAUAAAAGACACAGCGUUGCUAUUGGAGACGUGCAUGAAUGCAAGCUGAUACGGAGGAGGGAAGUAACUUCUAAACAAGUGGACCACAUCUGGAAGUCGAUGACUGUUACGCAUUUGCAGAGAGUUCUGGGCCUGAAGACUUUGGAAGGAAUAUUAACUCCAGUCCACGUGAACGGAAAGCACAUUGUUCACAAUAUCUUCAGUGUUAAUAAAACAGGCAUAGUUGUCCUGGAAAACAAAGCUGAGGACAUGCCAUAUUGGGUGAUCUCAGCAAUGAAAUGCCUUGCAAACUGGCCUGAUGGCAGUGACGCCAAACAGCCACUGUACCCAGGUUUUGAGAGAGAUGUUCUGAGGACGGUAGCAGAUUAUUAUCAGAGGCUAAAAGAGCCCUUGCUGACCUACCAUCUAUAUGAGGUCUUUGUCAACAUUCUCAGCCUGCUGCAGGAGCAGGAUAAAGCCACCGAGGCUCUUCAAGUCAGCUGCCUGCUGCUGCCACCGCCCAACCGGAGACGGCUCCAGCUUUUACUCCGCCUCAUGGAUCACGUCUGCCACAAUCCCCGCUUACCUCCACUUAAUGACACUAUCGCUACUCGCACGCUGAUGGUCCAGAUGUUCUCUCACUGCGUCCUGGGCUCCCCUGAUGACAUGGACUUGGACGAGUUGCUCGCUACCAAACUGGUGACCUUCAUGAUGGAGCACCACAACGCCAUCUUCCAAGUGAACACCAGGCUGCGCUGCCAGGUUGAGGAGCAUUUGUCACACUUAAAAAGAGCUCAGAUCAAAUAUGCAGGCUCGGAUACAGAUUUCAGUGCAUCCCCGGCUUUUUGUAAACAGAUCAAGAGGGUGGACUGCGAGGAGCAGAAGGUAAUAGGUACACAGAUCCCCCUGCAGCAACUCCUGGAAGGCCUGAUUGCAGACAAAGAACUCCCUGUUAAAGACAAGAAGAAAAGACUCAAGCAGUUCCAGAAGUCUUACCCUGAAGUGUACCAAAAACGAUUUCCCACUGAGGAAAGCAAAGCUGCUGUCAUUCCUGAGAAAACCCCACGACUCAAACCUCACCUGAUGUUUUUCAACCUCAAAAAACCAUCCCAGCCUUUUCAGAGAAGCUGGAGUUUUAGGGCAUGAGCUGCUACUUCUGAUGCUUUAUGUGUUUCAGCCUGCAAACGCAUCUCAACCUCAGUUAGUCAUAAGGCAAGGACAAGUGUGGCUGUAAUGGUGGACUGGCCAAUGUUUUUAUACACUUUAUAAACCACUGUAGUUUUAUUUCAAAGAACAAGUUAGUAUUUGUGGUACUGUAAUCUCUCUCGAGGUACCCCUGGGCAAGGCACUUAACCUCCGACCACAUAUAGACCUGCUUAUCGGUGUAUGAAUUUGUGUGAUUGGGUGAAUGUGGGUCUAGUGUACAGCGCUUUGAUUAGUCUGUAUGAUGGGAAGAGCACUAUAUAAAUUCCAUUCAUUUAUUAUAUCAUAAUUUUUCCAACUUUUACUUUUCAGUUCAAGGUUGUAGCUCAUAUUUUCAUGUUCAAGACGUAUCACAACAAUCAAGACAAAAGUAGUGAUGGCAAACUUUCAAGCUUUGGUGUGAGUUCAUAAGGUGAAGACUUAUCUGGAUAUUUGUUCAGUUAAGAGGAGGAAGUCAGGAGAUUUGUGGCAUUAAAUCAGUGGCUUGGAGACCUAACAGACCAGCAACCUACCCUGGGAUUUAAAAGCACUCUGUUAUGAGGCCAGUCUGCCUUCAUUGACUUUUACUAAAACAAAACCUUUGGAAGCCAAUUUUUGCUUCAGGUCAGCACUCCCAGUUCUCUCAAAAACUGUGUCACCAGGAUACUUACAUUAGUGAGUUGUGCAGAAGUUGUGUAAAACAUAGCAACAGUGAAUGGAAGCAGGAGAAAGUCUCCCUUUUCUCUAACUGCUGUAAAGUGAUGCAGAUGUCAAAGCUUUAUUCCCAGUUCACUGUCAGUCACACAUCUAAAACUCCAUAAGCCCGUCUACAGUUAGUUUUUGCAUAAGAUGUUGUUUAGCUUUUCAAAGUGACUUCAAGCUAAUGCUAUAUGUUAUGGUUGAAAUGGAAGUCAUAAUGCUGAUAUACAUAUAUAUCUGUAGAACUAAACCCCAAAUCAACUUUUUUUUGCAGAUAAACUCUAUAAAUUGGGCCUUAGGUGCGCUAUCUUUAUGUUACUGUGCCAUGUUUUACAUUUUCAUGUAAACUUGUUUAAUUCUGCAAUGUUUGUCCUAAAACCGGCUUAGUGCUGCCCUCUUUGGGUUGAAAGGGGGCUACUGCAGUUGAAUUUGCCUAUUUGUUAAAAUGGUACAGCUUGGUACAUGUCUACCUCACAGCAUAGACAUGUACCAAGUUUUGGGUAUAAAACCAUCUCACUCAGACACACGCCCCCGUAGCGAGUCAGGAGUUGAAAUUGCAAGCAUUGAUGAUAGUGUUUUUCAGGUUAGCAUUUUAUUAUCUAUUAGUUAGCAUGGCGUUUUAGUUUAGGUACUUGGAAACUGGAUCCAUUCUGUCCACCACUGCCUCGGCAGCGCAAAGUCAGCGCCUUUUGCCUGCUGCUCGAACUGAUAAGGGUCAGGCCCACUGAGCUCCGUAAAGCGUCUCUUAACCUCCGGUGACGAGGGGGGUGAAAUAUCCUCCAUCUCAAAAGACCGAUCUCUAGCGAAACUACCAGCAUUGCUCUGCUCACUCUACAUGUUUCAAUAUGUCAAAUUAAGCUAGCUGCCACUUUCCCUCGUCCUCCUGACCUUAUACCCACUUAAUCCCCUCCGCUCAUCUCCACACUUGGCCAUUCUCCUCAGUGUGUCUUGGCACUGCCCACUUUGGUGGCACUUUUCAAAAACUGUCUGGUUUAUGUCUAUGUCUAUGCUUUUACAUUGGGUUUAGUUCCACUUUAGCUCUGACUGAGGUGAAAGGUCACCAUUAAAGCUGAUUAACAUGGGUAAAAUGCAAGUGGAACAUUUGGAAAGAACAGUUAUUAAUUUACUAAGAGACCUGUAGAUGUCAUGAGAUAUUUCUUAACCUGGUAACGUUCUGUCCUCAAACAACACCCACAGCCAUUACUGUGGCAUGAACCUGAGCUGUGUUCCUGUUCUUUGGCUUUGUUGUACCUUCCUUCAAAGCCAAGAUUCCAUUUGUUUCAUUAUCAAGGUGGAUAUCUGGGAAUUGCUCUCUCAGUAUUUACUGUGUUGCCAAUAAGCAGCCACACAUCCAUUUGACAUGUUCCCAUCAGAAAGGUCAAUUCGCUUUAGCUUUACAACAACAGAAAGGCACGCUGUGUGUUUCUAUUGCCAAACAUCAUCUUUUUUGGGGUCAGAAAUUCACAUUUUUACCUGCUUUGGAAAACAAUGGAAAGACUGAUUGGGAUAUAUUUAUGUGAUACUUCUCUAUACUUUAAAGGUUAUCUUACUUUACAACUUAAAAAAAAAAGUACCUGAAAUAAUUAUAUUUUUGCUUCUUAAGAAAUGUUUUUUCCCUCAAAACUUGAAGUCUUGACUAAAUUGAUCUAAUAAAACCAGUGUUACUAAUAAUCUUAAAAUAAAUAAGUUGUAUGAUUACAUGCAAUUUUGUUCAUGUUCUAGAUCAAAAACGAUGCAUCAAUAAAACUGAACUGAGAGACAUUUUAAAUGUAUUGAAAAGUUAGGAGUUGAUUAUACCACCUAGUUUAAUAUUGAUCAUCUGAACACCUAAGACGAUUUUCUGUUACUUGUCAGAUAUUUUGAUGCAUUUUUAAUUAGGUUGAUUUAAUUUGGCUCUGUGCUUUCAUGAGCGUGACUCAGACAAUGCAGAAAUGCUUUUCGUGUCAAAGUUUUGGUGUAAUGAUAACGAUGUUUAAUUUAGGCAGCUUAAUUGUGUACUAAUGUUCCUAGUGUUAAUAAAUAUAUCAAAGGGUUCUGUAGAAAGGGACAUCCCUGCUCACUCACAACAAAACCAUCAUUGGCUUAAAAGUUGAGUGGUACUGUGUGGCUAACUUUAUUAACAAAGGAGCUUUGGUUAAACCUUUGCAAUCACAUGAAUAGGCUUGCACUGUCUA